AUGCACGGCAGCGGGCCGUGCCCUGAAGCAGAAACGCCGGACUCGGGCCUGGACUCAAAGGCUUCGCAGUAUGACACCAGCAGAGGAGACGCCACGUCUGAAAUGUUUUCAGCAGCGAGGACACCCGCUACUUCAGCAUCAACCGUUUUCGAACUUUACACCCUCAUGGGACUGCAGGGAUGGCUGGAGAACCCCUUGCAGCCUACCACGAAGCGGGAGCGGGCACAGCGUUUCCGUUUCCAGCCUUUCGCAGCGGAGACCGCGGCGGCAGGGACAGAUGUUGUGAGCGACGAGCAGCAACCGAGCGAAGAUCCACUGAAAAUUAAUUGGAGCGAAGGUCUGGCACGCGAGUGGCUGCAGAUUGGACUGGAUGGCCGGCACUGGCGCGUCCGCCAGUUCGGUGACUGGUACCGGCGCUGGAAAGACCAGGAAUUGCCCUAUCUGGCGGCAUACGGCCACGUGGGUCCUUUUGAAAGGAACGCUAUUGGUGACGCUUCAACCGCGGCAGAGUUUGCAUCUGAGCAAACUUAUCCCGGGAAUGAUGAUGAGGUCAUGGCGGACUCCAGCGAGGAAGCGCCAACGAGUGCUCGACACCGUCGUCAUCGUCGACAGCGUCCAAGCUGUCGCGUCAUCGAGAUAGGUCGUGCACGAGCAGCCAGCGUAGGCCAUAAGCGCCCCGGAGUGGAGGCAACCGCGUCUGUGCCGGAGAUCAGCUUUCCAUCUCACUGGUCCAGUACCGACAAGGCCGUCGGCGUCGAUCUGGAGAAGCAUACCGAUCGGCCGAGACGAGCGUACUACGUUGGACCUGGUAAGCUGGAUACGGACGCUGCUGCUGUGCGCGCGAAUGUGCCUGUCCCCACCGAGGCUUGCAUCUACUACUAUGAAAUGACGGUGGUAUCGGCGGGUGCUGAGGGCUUUAUCGGCCUAGGACUGUGUGCGGGCGAUGUUGCCCUGGAACGUCUCCCCGGAUGGGAAAAGAACAGCAUCGGCUAUCAUGGCGACGACGGGCAUAUUUUUCGCGACUCGGGAGUAGGGUCUCCGUAUGGACCCACUUACUCGACUGGCGAUACCGUAGGGUGUUGCUGGAACUGCAUCACGGGUGACGUGUUUUUCACCAAGGAAGGUGUCCGACUGAAGCGUGCCUUUCGGAACGUGCGACCGACCCGUCUCCGGCGUGGUGUUGCCUCCAUACCCGGUGAACGGCGAGCAGGCAACGGCGGCGCCCGUAGUGGUAGUAGCAAUAGUAGCAGCAGCAGUAGCGGUGGCGAUGGCGGCGCUGGCACGAGCGGUGCGUCACACCUUCCGUGGGCUGCGGGAGCAACGCGAUCCCCACAGUGGCUCUCAAGCUACGAGGGCUGGUAUCCGGUCGUGGGGAUGCGUACCGUUGGCGAAAUCGUUGAGGCAAACUUUGGACAGAAGCCGUUUCGUUUCGAUAUCGAACCCUAUGUGCGCGAGGAGGUUGAAAUGUUCCUUGACUCGAUCGUGGCCGCUACAGCGGACAAUGACGAUGAGGACGAGCAUUCGAGCGUCCUUCAUGAGCAAUGCGCUCUGCAGAAUGUGGUGCUAGACUAUCUGCUUACGGAGGGAUAUGUGGAAACAGCACGCGCAUUUGCCAAAACUGUGUUUCCCCUUGAGCGCUUGGUGUCACAAGGGGAUGUACACGCAGCGCCCGAAAUGGAUCCGCCGCGUUCUUCGCCGCGUCAUCAGCUGCGACAGCAAAAACUUCCACAGGCGCUUUCGGAUGCCAGCAUUCGUGCAUCCAUUAUGGACUAUAUUCUACGAGGUGAGAUCGAGCAAGCACGGUCACUGGGCGCCGAGCACUAUCCGCGAUUCUUCCAAUCGCCGGCAUCGUUGGGCGACUGCAGUGGGCCCGCCUCAGAAACGGCACUAGAUCAACAACUCGCCGCGAUACUACUUCGGUGUCAAGAGUUUCGCGAGGUGCUCGCACACCAAAGCGAGCGCAGCAGCGAAUCUUACUCUGUUUUCCAGUACGCAUGUGGGCAUCUCUGGCCGCUUCUUCUUGAGUGUGCAGGCACUGCUGCCGGCAAGUCUGCACUCUGCAGCGGUCCAGCCGAAGCGCAACGGGAUGCCUCUCAGCCCCCGCUCGGAAAACAUGGUCGAAAGUCAGCACCUGGAAAUAAGGCCCCUGCGCAAACGAGCAACCGUACGGAAGAGCACCGGCAGCUGGUCCAGCUCCUCCUUCUCCACCAUCUCAUUCUGGUGACGCACGCAGAUGCUGCAGUGCUUGCUCCUGCGUCACUCCAGCGGUGGCGUCUCCUGGUGGCCGCAGCCGUGAACCGGGCGCUGGUACUGGAGCGCCCCUGCCGCGCCCGACCGGCUGGAUCUUCUCUGGAGGCGCCUUCUCUCCUGGCUCGAAUGCUGCAGCAUUUGUCUACCGUCAUGGAGAUGGCGGUGGAGCACGGAGCCGGCUAUCUGUCGCUAAUUCAAACGAACCAUCUUCUCUGA